AUGCAUUGCCUUACGGAAAUAGACAACCGUAUGGCAGCGCAUGAAGAGGCUUGCUUGACGACACUGCGCGAGCUGGAGUCGUCCAUUGAGCAUCUGGCAAAUAAAAACAUCAAGCAAUAUUCAGCCGACGUCAAUCGUCUCAAACAAGAAAAGCUGUAUAAAAAUCACGAACAAGACUUAAGAUGUAUUUAUGUAAAAUUGGUUCGAUUUACCGAGCGCUGUAAAAGUAACAACUCAGUUACAGUUAACACUCCGUUUCAGGAAGCUAUAAACAAUCUUGAAGGAUUAUUCUUAGAAAUACAAGUCCUUAAACGUAAAGUCUCAAAAGAUGCUGAGAGGUCAAAACAGCGUAAACGACUUCAAAAAAGAAUACGAACUGUCAAAGAUAAGGCUCGCAAGUUGAUGAGCAAAAUCAAGGAACAGUACAAACUGGACAUCUCCGAAGAACAAUUCGAUAGCGUUCCAUAUCACGAAGAUCAACAGCUUUGUGAAGCAUGGAUGCUAACCUGCCGUUGUGAAGAGGAGGUUAUUAUAUCCCCUAAUGAGUUGAAGCAAUUUUUCGCAACUCUAAAUCAACUUCUUCUCGAUUUACAAGACAAACUGAAGAAUCAAACUGGACGCAUUAUAGAAAUUACUUCAAAAAUCGAAGAAGGGUGUGCUGCUAGCUCCCUACUAGAUGAGAAAGAAAUACUGUCUGGGUCAAACUUUCUUAUUGAAAGCGAAAUCUAUAACCUUAGUUGUAUCGAAUCGACGGGUUUGGAUUUGCUUAGAAAUGAUUUGUUGAAGGCAAAGGAGGGGAUGGAUGAUGAGGAACUACUUGAACAUUUGAUCCUGUCAGAGGAUUUUUCCGGAACCAUCCCAAACGCGGAUAAGGAUUUAGACGAAGAAGAUGCAGAUGAAGAUGAAGACGAUGAUUAUGACUAUGAAGAUUUCGAAACCGAUGAAUCUGGCAGUGAAGACGUUGGAAUAAAUUCCAAAUCAAAUGCCCCGAAUGAAGAUCACAGAGCAGAGGAAUUGUUUUUGGGGAAUUUAGAUGAUGAAGACUGUGGUAUUUAG